UUCAGGCAGGAAGGCAACAGCUGCUGCACGCAAAAAGGUGGCCUUAAGAAAGAAACCCAAAGCCCAUAUUCGGUCAGACGGUGUGGAGCGCAUUUCUCGAUGUGCUUUCCGACCAACAUGCUGUGCGUUUAACAUCUCGGCCCGUCUUGACCCUGAAGACGGAGGGCAUUGAAAAGCUACUGAAAGGAUAGCAGAGGCUGAUUUUUACAUUGAAUAAAAAAAGAAGCAGCUCAAACAGGAGCAUCUGAUGACGCAAGUGUGCCGAUGGCGACGGCCAGCUCAGAAGAUAACGUCUGUCAGCGUCCUACCAAUGCCGACCACAAGCUGGUCAACAAAAUUCUCAGGAGGUUGGAAAAACUCCACGAGUUGUGCUCGGACCCCCGGCUGAGCAUCAAGAACAGCCCACCGUAUCUUCCCGAACUGGUCCCCAAUACGGCCUCUGUGCUCCGACGGGUCUGGGAACCCUACCGGGGCUUCGGGGCGCUGAUGGGCCGGGCCCCCGGGAGGGAAGAGGCGGCGUACCUCAGGGUCCAUGCCAGGAACCUGCUCGAUAAGACGGACAGGGGCUUGCUGCUGUUUAAAGAAGGCAAGGACAAGAUGUUUGAGGAGACGUCCGGCUACAGGAGGAACCUAACCAAGCUGUCCCUGCGCUUCAGUCACAUGCUGUGGGAGAUUGAGGCUGUGUUUCCGGGGGAACGUUACCACGGCGGCACUUACAAGAUCACCAAGACGGAAGCGCGGGACUUUUGGAAGGUUGCUUUUGGCAACAAAUGCAUCGUGCGAUGGAGCAGCUUCGCAGAGGAGCUCCGUCGUGUGCACCCGUUUGAGGAUGGGAUGGAGUCCAUGGCCCUCAAGUCCACCAUCGAUCUCACCUGCAAUGACCACGUUUCGGUCUUUGAAUUUGACAUCUUUACAAGACUCUUUCAGCCAUGGGGAUCCCUCCUGAGGAACUGGAACCAGCUGGCCGUGACCCACCCGGGCUACAUGGCCUUCCUCACGUACGACCAGGUCGUGUCACGGCUGCAAUGUUACACUCACAAGCCUGGAAGCUACAUCUUCCGUCUGAGUUGCACCAGGAUGGGCCAAUGGGCCAUCGGGCACGUGACUGGCGAGGGCGACAUCGUGCAGGUCAUCCCUGAGAAUACGUCGCUCUACCUGGCGCUCCUUCAGGGCUACAACCAGGGAUGGUACUUGUACCCGGACGGUUGCGAUAUGAACCCGGACCUCUCUGCACUGCACGCACCGGAACACAAAGCAAAAGUCAAGGUUACCCGAGAGCAGUACAAGCUGUACUGCGAUGCGAGCACCUCCUUCCAGCUGUGUAAGAUCUGCACAGAGAAGGACAAGGACACCCGCAUCGAGCCGUGCGGCCACCUCAUGUGCAGACGCUGCCUGGAUAACUGGCUGCAGAACUCGGCCGACCACACGUGCCCGUACUGCCGCUGUGACAUCGACGACACAGAGCCCAUCGACAUCGAGCCCUACCAGCCAAAACACGAGGAGGAGGAGGGUGACGAUGAUGAAGACGACCACGAGGACAUUGAGCUGGUGGUGAAGCAAAUAGCUGCAAUGAGGAAGAUGACUCCGGAGAGCAGAGUCACUCAGCAAUGAAUGAAGAGGACGCUGCUGGGCUGGGACACCUGUUUCAUAUUCACACUCCAGCAGGCGGAGUGAAGGCAUCAAGAAUGUAUAUUUGGCAGUUCAACAAUGUGUUCUUUUGUUGGGUUUUGACAGAGAAAGUUGCUCACUCCCCCCCACACACUCCCCACAGUAUGUAGAAAAUUCAAGAAUGUAUGUGCUGCACACGAAAGGUACUGUAAUAAAUCAAAUUUUAUAAAUAGCAAGAUUCAUUGAAUUGAAAAUAUUAAAUAUCAGACAUAAUUACACUGUGAACCAUUUUUAUUUUAUCAUUUAUAACUAAAUGUAAAAUUCUUUAUAAUAACAAGGACUCCCCCAAAAGAUGAACUUUUACUCUUUUUUUUUAAAUGACAGUAUUAUUGUGAGGGGAGAAUGAAUGAUUAUAAACCACAUAAAAUAAAAAACAAGAACCUUUGAGAAAUCGUGUUGCUGAAAAUAAUAUUCAUGUAAACAAAUUCAAUUGAAAGUAAGCUAAACUCAAGAUAAUUACAGAAAUGACAUUCACAUAAAUAAAUUACUACAAACCGUAUUUUAAUAUCAUUAUGACUGAGGAACCUGUUCAUACAAUAGCUCUGAUAAUUUUUACCAUUUGUUCAUUUCCACCCAUUUUUAUCAUUGAGUCUUUGUUUCUUGUCAUCUAAAGUGGUUUUGUUUUUUCAAGAAAACUCUGGCGAAGAGCAUCAUCGCAUGUUGUUCUUUGCGCAUAUUUGUGUUUGUACAGCCCGUUUUUACAACUGCGGUUAAUGUUGGGGUGCUCUAGAAAUGAAGUUGAUUUGAGUAUUGUCAUUAUACUGGAAAUACAUUGAAGAAAAUGGGUAUUUGAACACCCUGCUAUAUCGGAAGUUCUCCCACUUCGAA